UUACAAAUCGGGAUUACAAUGCAUUUUUUUCUCUGAAUUAUCUUGUUUUUGCGCGUUGGUAUUACGUAAUGCGUCGGCUAUCAGGAGAAAUAUAUUAAAGCGCAUGUCUGCUGACAGAUUAUCAUAACGCAACUAUAGACGGAGGUGAAGACAUCAGGUCAGAAGGAAAUUUAAUCGAAGAACAGUUCGGGCAAUUACGACACCAUGAGGGUUUGGCUCGUAGUACUUUUGCUGGCAAUGGUGACCAUCGUCUUGGUGUCCGCCGGCAGACGCGGUGAGAGAGAAGAGAAUGGUCGCAACAGGCGCCCAGCUGGCAGAGGUCGUCCAGGUCAAGGACGCCCCGGGCGUGGUGGUGAGGGGGUUGAAGAAGAAGAAGGUGAAGAAGCAGGAGAAGUCGAGAAUAUUGAAGGCCGUCGCAACGGAAAGAAGAAACCCGGAAGACCGGGCAGACCAGGGAGACCAGGUAGACCAGGCCAAUGGAACAAAAAGAAAGGCAAGAAACCACGCUUAUUCGCCGGAAACGCCGCAUUGAAGAAGUGCUCAUGGUGCGUACUCAAAUGUAAGAAAGCUACCCAAAUGACCUUCGGGCAGUGUCUUAGCACCAACGAGACCAGCCCGUGCUACAGUAUGUGCGCCCAUGCCUCCGACAACAUGCUUGACUGUCUGACAUGCAUUGGUGAGUGCAGUGGUACCGUCAACGCGGAGACUGGCAAGAAGGAGAACGCCUGGACCUGCGUCAAGAAACCCAAUGCGCCUUGCAAGGAGAGGUGUGCCGUCCCAACCCCCGCCCCAACCACCGAGGGAGCGGGUGAAGGUGAAGAAGGAGAAGGAGGAGAACAAGAAGAAGGUGCUGCUGCCCCACCACCACCACCAGCACGACACUGGUAUUCUUGGUUCAUCUAAAUGAAAUCAAGGAGAGUUUACCAUCUUGUCUAUGCGGCCCUGAUUGCUUGCUUGGUGAAACAACAUCGACACUAUACGCAGAAGUGACCAGCCUCUUUAGUGUGGGAACCAAUUUUUACUAUUGCUAUCCAGAACUUUUUCAUCUACUCAUCCACAACGUCAUUUUACAAUUCCGGUAGCCAAUUAAGGGAGAAGAUACCUACAUCGAGUCGAAGAGUAUUAGGCUAAUAUAAGUAUGGACAAACCAAGAUAUCUCUCACAGAUACCGCGGUGUGUCAUACUGUACUGGCAUGGGUCAUACAAUUAUCAUGAUUCGUAGGCCUCUCAGUCAAAGGAAGAACUCAUUUACUAUUCUUGACAUUGCUUAUUUUAGACUUCUGCAUUGUGCCAUGAAGUAUAAUUUCAGCUUGACAUCGCUAUUGUUGUUUUUUAUCAAUUCUGAUACUGCUAUAUUAAACUGGAAAGAUUGUCACGUCCA